CCGCCGCCAUGACAACGGCGUAACAUCGACAUUCCACUGCUCGCUGUUUCCAAGCUGUUUGAAUCGUUGGCUCGAGCUGCGCCCGCACCAGACUUUAAACCUGGAUGUAGCGUGAACCCCUUUGUUUGUUUCCACCUGGCAAAAAUGCCGAAAAAGGUUCUGAGACUAACAGUGCACCUGAAAAUCCAGGCGAUUACAUGUCCUGGAGUGUUCCUGCCUGAAAAGAAUGAUGUUUACGUCAGUGUAUGUAUGUUAGGAAGAUUCCAGAAAACCAAGUUUGUCCCUUCUGUCUUUCCAUUGACCUUCAACGAGAAAGUGAAGAUUGAAAAGAACUUUCCUGAAGCUAUGAAUCCUGGGGAUGUCGCAGACAUUCUGGAAAUGGAUACAACAAAAUUUGAAUUAAUACAGCUGACUCCACCAGUGGGUGAAACACUGGCUAUCUAUGAGCAGAAUACCAGGGAGUUUCUUUAUCCUGGUCGCAAGCUGACGCCUAGCUAUCCUGGGAUGGAUAGAGAGCUGUUGAUGAAGAGAUCAAUUGAUUUCCCUGGUAUAGCUCCUAGACUGGAGUUCUCAACAACUUCAGUAAUAAAGGAAUGUCCACUUGACCUUCAGCAGAUACAGUGUGAGGAGGAUAGUGUGAAGUUGGAACUACAUUCUACCCCAUUGAGGAAACCAAUGACACAAUCAUCAAAGAGAAAACCUUCCCCUUGCCUGAGGGAGUUCAGCAAAGACAACAGCUACAAGCAGCCCACAAUAGCAUCUCAGACAAGGUCUCUAUCACCAUAUACCAAAAGACGGAUGGCAGCACUCUCAGAAGAUGCCAAUCAGAGACUCGCACACCUGAACCUGGGUCCUUAUCAAUUUAAAAAGGAAACAGAUAUCAAACCUCCAUUUGUAAUUAGACAUGUUGAUCAUAAGUUGUUGCCAACUAAUGAUUUGUACAUUGCUUCAUCUUCCCUUACUUCUAAACCCAGUUCUCAGAAGAACUCACCUCUGGGUUCAUCGAUUUAUAAUGAUCCAUCACUCCGUGGCAGCUAUGGACCGAGCAAGACUUCAUUAAAUGCCAUCAAGAAACCUCAUGAGAAAGAUCUGCAAGAUAAUUCUUUUGAAGACACUGAUGAGCCUAUUAUGUCAGAACCAGCUGGCAGACAACUCUCCCCUGCCACGACUUCAAUGAACUAUUCGACAACCUCAACCUUCCAGAAACAAAGCCCCGUGUUAAAUCGAUUAUCUCUUCGAGAAAGAUUUUAUCCAGGAUCCUCUGGGCCAACAAAAUGGGAAGAAAUUCAUCAGCGAGUGCUAAAAGUUUUGAAGUCAAACAGUGCAAGACAAAGACUGGAUUUUAAUUCUUCUGCUGAAGUAAAUUAUUCUUCAGGCAUAAGAUCUACCUCAUUUGUUAACUCAUCCUGUGACACUACAGGCCAUCUCAGCUCAGUGCUCCAGCAAAAUGCUUCUGUACAUCUGGGUGGUGGUGAUUAUUGGUCGAAUCGUGCUGCUGCUUAUAAAGGAAAGCCUCACAGGGCAAUCUUUGAAGAAAGUCUAGAAAAGAUCUACAGAAAUAUGUACAAGAGAGCUUCAGAUAACACAUAAUGAGUGCAUGGACUAAUAUAUUUCUGUUUGUCACUGUUGUAUCAGGUUAAGAGCUUUUUCUCCAGCCUGUUUGUUGUAUUACAAUCCAUAAAUAAUGAUAAAUAAUUAAUUGUAUUGUUAGUAUGUUUUUCACUUGUAGAAAUAAUUAAUGUCCAUAAUGAUCAUGAUUACUUAUGGCUUUUGAUAUUAUCAGGAAAAUUUAAAUUUUCAGUAUUUUCCCUAUUUAUUUCGAAAAUAAAGUCUACAACUUGAUUUGUGGUUAGAUAUGGGAGGGAACAAUUAAACCAGACGUUGUCAGAACAAUUUAAAGCAUUUCUUAAAAUAUUUUACAUUUUGUAGUCAAAAGACUGUAGAGCAACUCUGUAAUUAAUUUUUUGAAAUAUUUUGUAGCAGUAAAGUAUGAUGGGUUAGUACUUGAAAAAUUUAAAGAAUUAGUAUUAGUUAGCUCAGCUUGCUUGUGUUUUGUUCAUCAUGUUAAAAGGAACAGAAUUUUAAUCUAAGGCAGUGCCUGGGAAAAAUUAUGUUUGUGCCACUAGUCUCUGUUUGAAGUCAAAAUGAUAUCUAUUUUUUUUAAAAGACACACUCCCCAUUAGAUGGAAAGGCUAAAUGUCAAAUAUGAUGACAACAAAGGACAGCUGUCUUCUUUUAUGCAGUCCUGGCUCACAAAAGAAAAUCACUAUUAAUCAGAAAUUCCCAGCCUGUUAUAGUAUACUAAGCAUUAUGCUUCCAUAUUUAUGUCAUUGUAGAAUUCCAAAAAAAGUGUUCAUCCUUACUAAUCUUUACUGUUUAGACAGUAUAAUAUGCAAUAAAUUUUAAGCUCAUGCAGUUGUUAGGAUUUAGACAGCUGUAUCACUAAAUAUUAGUUUCAUGCUUCAUGUUCUCACAUCUUGUAUAUUCAACAGAGCUGCGUUUGUGUGAGAAUAAUUUGUGGUCUGGCAAAUUAUUCCCAAACACAGCAAAUAUUACUUAAAUAAAAUUUUCUUUUGUAUUUGAAAAUCUACAUAUUUUUCAGUAAUUUCUACAUUUAAGGUCUCCCUCAGUUGUCUAUUAUAAUUCUGGAUAAACAGUGUAAACAACCCUUUAUGCUGAUUUUCUAAGGUUUGCACUAACGUGUUAAGAUGACAAUCUGAUCGUGUUAAAAUGUGACUGAUUUAUGAACUAUGUCACUAUGAGCUUUUACUGGGAAGAGUUAAACAUUGCAACCUGUGAAGUUAAGAAUCGGUAUAGGUAAUUCAACAUUACAGAAACUGUUGAAUUGCUUUAGAAGACUCUUUGUUAAUUUUACUCAUACUUUUGAUGACUUGUACACUCCAGUUGUUUAAACAAACUAAUUUAUGUUUGUGCAGAUCAGUAUAAGUAUCAGUUUUGUACCCAUAACUAACUUACAUUUUCAUUAAUCUAUUCAUACAAAAAGUCUCAUCACGUUAAAGGAAUAGUUCAGAAUAGAAUGUAGAAUAUCCUGUAAUCUUAGGUACAAGUACCUGGGUACAAAUCUUGGGUACAAAAGAGGAAUAAAAAGACAAGUAAUAGAAUCAUUUACAGUGUCUAAAAAAUAAGUUAGAAAUAAGAUAGUUAUAACAUAGUUAAAGGAUUGACAUUACAGUCUGGUAAAGAAUUUCAAAUAGCAGCAGCUGAGCAUGUGGUCUGACCACCCGCGCUAGUCCCCAGUCCAACAACUGUCCUGCUCCACUCCAAGCCUCCAGUCUGCUCCAGGACUCAUUUCCCCUCGCACUGCUCAGGGACUAUUUUCCUCAUUACACUAUGCAAGAUAUUUCUCAGUAAAAAACCAGAAGUGAUUUGACUGACGUGAUCUGGUAUUAUUUCGAUUUCACAGUCAGUAUAAUUUUGAAACUUUCCAGGCUGCUCAUCAAACCACCUUAAGUAUUGCAGUCUGUUUUUAUUUUACAAUAAAGAACUAACCAGAUAGUUAGCAAACUUUAAUUUUCUGACUUCAAAAUAUGUCGAAAGUACAAGGCCAUGCUUUAUUUGAUUCCACACUUUUCAUUGCUCUGGAGUAGCCGAACUGAUGUGUACAGUAUAACCACCUUAUUAGGCUCUGAUUUAAUUUUUGGCAGAAAAGAUAACUCCUUCUCUAAAACUGUAUGUUAAAGAGAUUACAUUUAAAAGAAAAUUUUGUUGCAAUGUGAAUCAAAAAUAAUGAUAAUAAAACACUGCUGAAGAUUAAUUCUAAUUAGAUUGCAUAUGUGUUUUCCAGAGUAGUGCAUUAAAAAAAUGCAAUAAUUGUUUGCAAAUAAAGUAAUCUGCUUGGCAGAUCCACAGGCUUGAUUGAAGGGAACUGUCACAAGUGCUGAGGUAUAGUUCACUACUGCAGUGUGCUAACGUCAGCAGACUUUUUUUGCAAUACGUUUGGGACAAGUUUGCAAAAUAAUAUAAAGAUUCACAAAAACAAGGUAUAAAUUAUAUUAAUAACAAGUGUGACUGUGUAAUAUUUAUUCACUAUACAGUUGUGUUAUU